AUGAUUAAGAUUAGCUGUACCUUGCUGGUGCUGGUGCUCCUCGGCAGUUGCUAUGCACAAUACCAAUACCCACAGCAACGUCCAGAUGCAGGUGGUGCUAUCCCUGCUUCUGGCGGUUCACCUGGCGCAGUUGACAAUCGCAUCAUAGGCUUAGGCAGUCUGCUUGGAGGUGGCGGUGGAGGUGGCGGACUGCUUGGCGGCGGCGGUGGAGGUGGCGGCUUGUUUGGCAAUCUCUUGGGUGGCCUGCUAGGUGGUGGACGUCAACCUUUGGGACAAGCAUAUCCACCACCCUUGCCGUCAUAUGGAGGCGGUUACCCAGGAUAUGGAUAUGGUGGUGCUCUUGGUCCUGGCUACGCGGGCGGCUUCCCCGGCGGCAAUUUUGGUGGCGGCUUUGGUCCUGGUUACGGCAACUAUUAUGGUUGA